AGCAGCAGCAGCAGCCGCGGCCGGCGAUCGCAGCGGAGCGAGCCCCCCGGCUCUGCGCUGGCCGGAGCCAUGCGGGCGGCCCCGCUGCUGCUGCUGCUGGCCGGGGCGAUGCUGCGGGGCGCGGGCAGCCAGCAGUGCCAGCCUGCCGGGCCCGGGGCAGUGCCGGUGCUGAGAUUCACCGACAGGCACGCCGAGAUCCGGGUGCCAGCGCUGCACCGCGUGCCCAGCUCGCUGGAUCCGCUCUAUGCCCUCGUCCGGCGCUGCCUGGACCUCAUCCAGCAGAACCCGCUGCCCACAGAGCUGCUCAGGACAGCCCUGAACGACCCCAGCUCGGUGAGGACAUCGCAGGUGGUGCAGUACGAGCUGGGCUACGUCGUGUGUGCCGCCGUGGCUCUGCUCUUCACCGUGGCCGUGCCGGUGGCCGGGAUGUGCUUCUGCUACUGCCGGAGCCGCCGGCGCUGCGGGGGCCGCCUCCGCGCCCACCGGCGCUCGCUGGGCUGCCGCCGCCGCUGCCUGCUGGCCUGCCUGUCCCUCACCUCCCUCGUCAUCCUGGUCAGCGUCACCUGCGCCUUUGUCACCAGCCAGAGGGUGAAGGGACAGAUGGAGCCGGGGCUGGGGGCUGUGCCCUCCACCCUGCGCACGCUGCGGCAGCACCUUGCCAACGUCCCCCAGGGCGUGCAGAUGGUGGUGGACAAGUUCGAGGUGCCCCGAAAGCAGAUCAGCUCCGACCUGGGUGGGCUCAGCCGGAGCGUGGGGCUCUCCAUCCAUUCACAGCUCCAGGCCAUGACCUACGCGGCGCUCGCCGACCUGCAGGACAGGGCCCGAGACCUCCAGAGCUCGCUGCACCAUUUGCAGACGGUGCACAGGACGGCGCGGGCGCUGGCGGCGGCGCGGGCCGAGCUGGAGCCGGCGCUGCGCGAGCGGAGGCGCCGCGUGGUCGCGCUCCUCGACGACCCGCGCUGCACCUCGUGCGCCAGCGUCCUGGGCAGGGCACAGGGCCUGCAGCUGGGUGCUGACUACGGCAAGGUGCCGUCGGUGGAGAAGGUGUUGAAGGCGCUGGCUGGUCUGCCCCGAAGUGACUUUGCAGAGAUGAUUCGCCAGGGCAAUGGCACCUUCAACUCCAUCCCGGAGCUGGCCGUGGAGAGGAUGGCGCAGGUCAUCCAGGAUCUGCGUGCCGACCUGGCCCGCACGGCGGAGAAGGUGCAGUCCAUCGCCGACGGCUUCCCCCUGCCCGACUACACGCGGCCGGCCGGCGAGGCGCUGGCGGAGGCGGAGCGGCGGAGCCGGCCGUACCUGCGGGAGGCGGAGCGCUUCGAGCGCUACAGGUGGAUCGCGGGCACGGUGCUGUGCUCCAUCAUCCUCCUCAUCCUCGCCUGCAACGUGACGGGCAUGGCCCUGGGGGCCUACGGCCUUUCCAAGCGGGAGGACCCCAGCGACUACGAGUGCCGAGGGGAAGCUGGCGCCAAGUUUCUCCUAGUCGGCGUGGGCUUGGCUUUCCUGUUCUCCUGGCUCCUCAUCCUCCUGGUUUUCGCCACCUUCCUGGUCGGGGGCAACAUCCAGACGCUGGUUUGCAGGAAUUGGGUCAACCAGGAGAUUUAUAAGUUCAUCGACACCCCGGGCAAUCUCCCUCCGUCCAUGAACCUCACGCGGCAGCUGAACCUCAGGAGGGACUCCAACCUCAGCUCGGCGUACAGGGAGUGCAAGAGCGGCGCGGGGCUCUGGGAGGUGCUGCAGCUCGACAGCUCCUACGACCUGGAUGAGCACCUGAGGACGCCCCAGUACACGGCUGACUUCCAAAAACGCCUGGGAGACUUCACGGCCGACCUGGGCGACGUGCGGCUGCUCCGCAGCGAGGGCAGGCAGGACCUGGAGACCUUCGCCCGCAGCGGGCUGGACGAGGUGGACUACGGGCGCUUCCAGGAGGAGAUGAAGAACCCCGUGGUGCAGACCAGCCUGCCCGGCUUGGCGAGGAACCUGGAGGGGCUGCAGAAGAUGCAGAGGAACAGCACGGUGGCCGGGCGGCUCGCAGCGGAGGCGAGGGCGCUGUGGCACAUGCAGAACUCCACGGUGCAGUCGCAGGAGGCUCUGGUGGCAAAGCUGGGGGAAAGCGUCCAGUUCCUCUCCCGUUUGGCGCCGCACCUCAAGGAGCGGGUGAGGAGGACUCUGGCCAGCACGGCCUCGGUGGAAGCCCGGCUGCCCCUGCAGGCCCAGCAGAUCCUGCGGCAGGAGCUCGGCUGCUUCACCAGGAAGGAGCUGCGCUAUUUCACCCAGUACCUCAACUGGGUCGGGCAGACGCUGAGGGAGGACGUGGCUUCGUGCCAGCCGCUGGCCACGGCGCUGGACAACGGGCGGGUGAUUCUGUGCGACCGCAUCGCCGAGCCCUGGAACGCCUUCUGGUUCAGCCUGGGCUGCUGCACCUUCUUCCUCAUCCCCAGCAUCAUCUUCGCCGUCAGGCUCACCAAACACUUCCGACCCAUCCGCAACCGCCUCAUCUCCACGGGGUCAGAGGAGACCUGUCCCUUCCACAUCCCCCGAGUCACAGCGCUCAAGCUCUAGGACGGGGCUCUGCCGGGUGCGGCGCCCCAGGAGCUGCCACAAACCCAAACCCAACCCCAAAGCAGCACAAACCCAAAGCACAAACCUGUGCC